AUGGCGGCGGACGGUCGCCUUCAGCUGCGGCUCUUUCUGCUCCUGUGUCUCUGCGGCUCCGGCUCCGUCCUCGGCCUGAAGGCAGCCGGCGGCCCGGCGGACCCGCCCGACCCCCCGGUCCUCAGAGCCGCGGAGCCCCCUCCCAGGGAGGCACCUGCCGCGGCCGCCGCCGGGGCCUCGCAGCCUCGAAGGGCGAGCGGCUGGAAGCUGUCGGAGGAGGAGGCCUGCCGGGAGGACCUGAGCCGCCUCUGCCCCAAGCACACCUGGACCAACAACCUGGCCGUGCUGGAGUGCCUGCAGGACCGCAGAGAGGAAAGUGAGCUCGCUACCGACUGUAACCAUCUCCUGUGGAACUACAAACUCAAUCUGACCACAGACCCCAAGUUUGAGUCGGUCGCCACAGAGGUCUGUAAGAGCACCAUCGCUGAGUUGAAGGAGUGUAACGAGGAGGAGCGAGGGCGGGGCUACCUUGUGUCCUGCCUGGUGGAUCACCGCGGCAACAUCAGCGAGCACCAGUGUAACCAGUACAUCACCAAGAUGACCGGUAUCGUCUUCAGCGACUUUCGUCUCAUCUGUGGCUUCAUGGACAAAUGUAAAGAGGACAUCAACAGCCUGCACUGCGGCAGCAUCAACGUGGGGCACAAGGACGUGCACUCUCAGGGGGAAGUGAUUUCCUGUCUGGAGAAGGCGUUGGUGCGGGAGGCGGAGCAGCAGGACGGUGCUCAUCCAAUCAAAGAAGAGUGUCAGAGGGCGAUCCUGCGCGUGGCGGAGCUGUCGUCAGACGACUUCCACCUCGACCGACAUCUUUACUUCUCCUGUCGAGACGACCGGGAGAGGUUCUGUCAGAACACUCAGGCAGGAGAAGGAAAAGUCUACAAGUGUCUGUUCAACCACAAGUUUGAAGAGGCCAUGUCAGAAAAGUGCCGCGAUGCUCUGACCACCCGUCAGAAGCUGAUCUCUCAGGACUACAGGGUCAGCUACUCGCUGGCUAAAGCCUGUAAGCUGGACCUGAGGAAGCAGCGCUGCAGCCUGGACACCAACCUGCCGCGAGCCCGCGAGGCCCGGCUGUCCUACCUGCUGCUGUGCCUGGAGGCCGCCGUGCACCGCGGUCGUACGGUCAGUGGCGAGUGUCAGGGCGAGAUGGUCGACUACCGGAAGAUGCUGAUGGAGGAUUUCUCUCUGAGUCCGGAGAUCGUGCUCCACUGCCGGACGGAGAUCGAGGCUCACUGCUCCGGGCUGCACCGCAAGGGCCGCACGCUGCACUGCCUGAUGAGGAUCGGGCGCGGCGACCGCAGCGCCACGGUCGAGGGCGUCUGCCAGAACGCACUGCAGAGUCUGAUCCAGUCGGCCGACCCUGGAGCCGACUACCGGAUCGACCGUGCGCUCAACGAGGCGUGUGAGUCCGUGAUCCAGACCGCCUGCAAGCACAUCCGCACAGGAGACCCCAUGAUCCUGUCGUGUCUGAUGGAGCACCUGUACACGGAGAAGAUGGUGGAGGACUGUGAACACCGGCUGCUGGAGCUGCAGUAUUUCAUAUCCAGAGACUGGAAACUGGACCCCAUCCUGUAUAAGAAGUGUCAGGGUGACGCCGCCCGCCUCUGCCACACCCACGGCUGGAAUGAGACCAGUGAGCUGAUGCCGCCGGGCGCCGUCUUCUCGUGCCUCUACCGCCACGCCUACCGCACGGAGGAGCAGGGCCGGCGGGUGAAUCCAGAGGAUCAGUUAUCUCGGGACUGUAAGGUGGAGGUUCAGAGGAUUCUCCACCAGAGGGCGCUGGAUGUGAAGUUGGAACCGGAACUUCAGAAAAAAUGCAUGACCGACCUCGGCAAGUGGUGCAGCGAGAAGACCGACACGGGACAGGAGCUGGAGUGUCUGCAGGAUCAUCUGGAGGACCUGGUCUCUGCCUGCAGGGACGUCGUGGGGAACCUGACGGAGCUGGAGUCAGAGGACAUCCAGAUCGAUGCUCUGCUGAUCAGAGCCUGUGAGCCAAUCAUCCAGGCCCACUGCCACGACGUUGCUGAUAACCAGAUCGACACAGGUGACCUGAUGGAGUGUCUGGUUCAGAACAAACACCAGAAAGAGAUGAAUGAGAAGUGUUCAGUCGGCGUGACGCACUUCCAGCUGAUUCAAAUGAAGGAUUUCCGGUUCUCCUACAAGUUCAAGAUGUCCUGCAAAGAGGACGUUCUGCAUCUGUGUCCGAACAUCAAGAAGAAGGUGGACGUGGUCAUCUGUCUGAGCUCCACCGUGAGGAACGACACGCUGCAGGACGCCCGGGAGCAGCGGGUUUCUCUCAAGUGUCGCAAGCAGCUGCGGGUGGAGGAGCUGGAGAUGUCGGAGGAUAUUCGCUUGGACCCAGAUCUGUACGAGCCGUGUCGAUCGGACAUCAGCCGACUUUGUCCCAACGUGAACUAUGGAAACGCUCAGAUGAUCGAGUGUCUGAAGGAGCAUAAGAAGCAGCUCAGUCUGAGCUGUCACCAGCGGAUCUUCAAGCUGCAGGAGGGCGAGAUGAACGACCCCGAGCUCGACUACCAGCUGAUGAGGGUCUGCAAGCAGAUGAUCAAGCGGUUCUGCACUGAGACCAACGCCCGGAACGUUCUUCAGUGUCUGAAGCAGAACAAGAACAGCGAGCUGAUGGAUCCCAAGUGUAAACAGAUGAUCACCAAGAGACAGAUCACGCAGAACACAGACUACAGGUUGAACCCGGUGCUGAGGAAAGCCUGUCGAGCCGACAUCCCAAAGUUCUGCCAGCCCAUCCUGAACAAGGCGGUCGAGGACAGCGAGCUGGAGGGUCAGGUCAUCGGCUGCCUCAAACUCAAAUACGCUGACCAGCGGCUGUCUCCGGACUGUGAGGACCAGAUCCGGGUGAUCCUGCAGGAGUCGGCUCUGGACUACAGACUGGACCCGCAGCUGCAGAUGCACUGCUCAGACGAGAUCUCCAUGCUGUGUGUGGAGGAGGCAGCCGCCCAGGAGCAGACUGGUCAGGUGGAGGAGUGUCUGAAAGUCAAUCUGCUGAAAAUCAAACAGGACGCCUGUAAAAAGGAAGUCCUGAACAUGCUGAAGGAGAGCAAGGCGGACAUCUUUGUGGACCCGGUCCUGCACACCGCCUGCGCCCUGGACCUCAAACACCACUGUGCUGCCAUCACACCCGGCCGGGGACGACAGAUGUCGUGUCUGUUGGAGGCGCUGCAGGACAAAAGAAUCCGUCUGCAGCCCGAGUGCAAGAAGAGACUUCAGGACCGGAUCGACAUGUGGAGCUACGCUGCAAAGGUGGCGCCAGCAGAGGGCUUCUCAGACCUGGCCCUGCAGGUGAUGACGUCGCCCUCUAAGAACUACAUCCUGCUCAUGAUCACGAUGAGCGUGUGCGUCCUCUUCCUGGUCGGGCUGCUGUGCGGUCGCAUCACAAAGCGAGUGAGACAACUGAAGGAUCGGUAGAGGACAAAGAAAAGACUCACACUUCACAUGUUCCUGAACCCUCCUCUUCCUCCUCCUCCUCCUCCUCCUCCUCCUCCUCCUCCCUCAGAUGCCCAAUCUCUAACCAGCCAGCCUGCACAGUGCCAACUCCAGUGGUCACAUCUGGAUCUCGUCCUUGGUCUAAAACUCUUAGUUUGGCUGCUGCUGCAGUUUUGCAUCAAAUGCAAAACUUUUCCCAACGCUCGAGAAAAUCGUUCAUGUUUAUUUGGACGUCUCUGAUCCUCAGGAGAGCAGCGACUGUCCGUCCCGUGUCCCCGAGGACGUUGUCUGGGGUCGGGUGAGAAGUCGAUGUGACGGCUGCUUCUGACGUCUGGAUUUGUCUCCGCCCGUUAAGUCCUGAUGCUUUUUGUGGUAUUUCCGAGGAGCAUGUGGAGCAACAGGAAGUGAUUUCUUUCUAAAAGAGACUGAAGCUUGAAUCGUACACGAGGCGACUCGUUGUCUCGUGGCAGAGUUUGAGUUCUGAGACGUUCCCCGUUGCUUGGAAACAUUUGUCCCGACGUCCUCUUGGCUCCUGUGCAGCCUCGUGUCCCCGGGUCCAGUUCAGACCCUCGUCUCUCGCUACUGAAACCCACCUGUGACUGGACGUGAGGGUCAAGCUGGUCCCCGUCAUCAGGAAUGUUGUGUGCACAUUUGUUAAACGUCAUUUCAAUGCUUAUUAAAGUCAUUGCACUUUUUUUUUUUUUUUUUAUGCCUUAUUUAUUGUGGAUUAAUGGCGUGGUUCUGAAUGAAGUUAAGUUUUCUGUGUGGCUGAACGUUUCUCUAAUCGUCUGGGAGGUUCGGGUUCAGCAGUGAAGGACGAGGCUCCGCCCACGUUCCUGAUCCAGUUUGCCUUUAACGAACUUUAACGAGACCGUAGAGUUCGUACACGAGACCCGAGUGUAACGGCUGAAGUUCUUUUCUUUUAUACAUAUGUCCAAUCAUCUCUGCAUCAAGGACGCGCUGAGUGUGACACCUGUAGAACCUGCACUGAGCUGACGACCUGUUGAAAAGCUUCACUCAGUCCCUCGUCCUUCUCACAACACGAAGAGGCUUUGAACAUGAAUUUGAAACAUGACUCGUGUGAAACAGCUGAUUCUCUUCAUAGGAAGUUCUUCCUUUUAACAUCUCUCUAAACAUUUCUGUCUCCAGAGCUGUGACACCUCUGUUAACCUGCACGGGGCUGAUUUACUCUGCAGGCCUCUGGGCUCAGUCCGAAAGAAACACUUUGACCCCAAACGACUAAAACCAGACCUAAUAGAAUUCAAAGAGACGCACAACGGCUGCAAACAACCAAAAUGACAAAGAGAUGGAGAGGAACCACAGGAGCUGUUGUCUCUUUCAGUUUGGGUGUAGAGUUCAAAUAGCAGCUAUUUAUUUACAUUACUUCAUAUAUUUGUUAAUAUGAGAAUCUAAUUUGUUUAGUUUUCUCAGAACUUCACACGUGAGUGGAAAGGUUUGUUUUCUUCCCGUCUCCUCAAGGUUAUAAAACAGUUUCUAACCAAACAAAUCUCAAACCACAAAUUGUCAUUUUCAAAUUUCACGUGUUUCUUGUUUUAAACAAAUCAGACACAACUUUCGAAUUGAUUAACUUCAGAUGUGUCAGUGUUUAAACUCUGACCGGGUGUUAAUAGCUAAUUGCUUGAGGUGCCACAGUGAAACUCCACCCCCACACAAACAGCUGCUGUCGAGAUCAAACUGGUGGAACUGGAAAAUUCAGCCCUUUCUGUUUUUGAUCCAAAGUUGUAACGAUUCAAAAUUGAGUUGUUUCGUCGCCUGAAGCCUGAGCUGAAUAAUAAUUCAUUUGUCAGUAGAAAAUAAUCAAACCUUUUAAAUCCCUGGCUCAGUAUUUUACAUUUGAUGGAUCUUUGUUUCGCUGAUGUUUAACGAAAGAUGCAAACAUUAUUCCAAAAUGAUGAAGAUACAUUUGGACCUUUAACUCGCUGGACUCUGUUCUCCGGCGUCGGCUCAUCCACCGAAAAAUAAUUGCAGCUUUUUGUUUUACAUCGAUGUUUGAUUUAAAAACGGAUUCAGGAGAAGAGGAAAACGCAUGCGAGAGGUUUUCUGCUCAAGUUGCAAAUACGAGAAUUUGAUUGAAGUUUCCUCCCUGAAAGCUGAAGAACCCACAGCUCAAAAGUUUUUCUGAAAUGAUCUGAGUGUGUGGAGACGUCCGAUGAUGGAUCAGAAGUUUAACAGCAUCAGUUUUGUACACGAGUCGCCACGUGUGCAAACUUUAUAAUGUGCAGGUUUUUUGUUCUUUUUCAUUUUUGCCCUGUUAAUAUAAAAAUUGUAACAGAAUCAUUAUUGUGACAUUGGAUUUUGCUGUACAGAUACAAAUUUGAUUCAAUUUAAUAAAAUCUCUCCAGAUUUUCAUA